UAACGGCCAGGCCCCGCCCCUCAAAGAGCCCCAACGGCCAGACUCCGCCCCUCCAGAAGCCCUAACGGCCAGGCCCCGCCCCCGAUGCGUGCGCGGCACCGCGGAGACGUGCGGGCACUCGCGGCGUUAGUAGCUGAGGUGGCAGCAGUCCCGCCAACAUGGAGUUGCCGCAGAUGCCGGAGCUGAUGGGGUUGUCGCUGUUGCUCGGGCUGCUGGCCCUGAUGGCGACGGCGGCAGUAGCGCGGGGGUGGCUGCGCGCUGAGGAAGAGAGGUGCAGCCAGUCCGCCCGUCAAAAAGCAAAUGGAUUUCCACUUAGCAAAUCAUUGGGAUCCAAGAAGCAGAAACAGCAUCAGCGGAUUCGCAAGGAGAAGCCUCAGCAACACAACUUCACGCACCGCCUCCUGGCCGCAGCACUGAAGAGCCACAGUGGAAACAUAUCUUGCAUGGACUUUAGCAGCAACGGCAAGUACCUGGCCACCUGUGCAGAUGAUCGCACUGUCCGCAUCUGGAGCACCAAGGAUUUUCUACAGCGGGAGCAUCGCAGUAUGAGAGCCAAUGUGGAGCUGGACCACGCCACCUUGGUGCGCUUCAGCCCUGACUGCAGAGCUUUCGUUGUCUGGCUGGCCAGUGGGGAAACCCUUCGUGUCUUCAAAAUGACCAAGCGAGAAGAUGGGGGUUACACCUUUACAGCCACCCCAGAGGACUUCCCUAAAAAACACAAGGCACCUGUCAUCAACAUUGGCAUUGCUAGCACAGGGAAGUUCAUUAUGACUGUCUCCAGUGACACCACUAUCCUCAUCUGGAAUCUGAAAGGUCAGGUGCUAUCUACCAUCAACACAAACCAGAUGAGCAAUACACAUGCUGCUAUAUCCCGUUGCAGCAGGUUUGUGGCCUCAUGUGGCUUCACCCCAGAUGUGAAGGUUUGGGAAGUCUGCUUUGGGAAGAAGGGGGACUUCCAGGAGGUUGUGCGAGCCUUUGAACUGAAGGGCCACUCUGCAGCUGUCUACUCCUUUGCUUUCUCCAAUGACUCCCGGAGGAUGGCCUCUAUCUCCAAGGAUGGUACAUGGAAACUAUGGGAUAUAGAUGUGGAAUACAAGAAACAGCAGGACCCCUACUUGCUGAGGACAGGCCACUUUGAAGAGGCAGGCACCAUGCUGUGCCACCUAGCACUGUCCCCUGAUGCCCAGGUCUUAGCCUUGGCUAUUGGCAGCAGUAUUCAUGUCUAUAAUACCCGGCGAGGUGAGAAGGAGGAAUGCUUUGAGCAGGUCCAUGGGGAGUAUAUCACCGACUUGUCCUUUGACAUCACUGGCCGGUUUCUGGCCUCCUGUGGCGACCGGGCAGUACGGAUCUUCCAUAAUACCCCUGGCCACCGGGCAGUGGUGGAGGAAAUGCAGAGCCACCUGAAGCGAGCCUCCAAUGACAGCACCCGCCAGAGGCUGCAGCAGCAGCUAACACAGGCCCAGGAGGCCCUAAAGAGCCUGGGUACCCUGAAGAAAUGACUCUGGGAAGGCAUGACAGGAGGGAUCAGUUACCUGCUCUCCCCAUUGCUGCUACCUGUCUUUCCCAGGUACUUCCAGCUGGAAAGGAGUCUCCUUAUUUUCUUACUGGUCGCCCCUCUCCUCUUUUUCUCAUUGAAACUAUUUUUGCCUACUUAGUUCCCUCUCUCUCUUCCUGCUGGUUGUGAUUCCUCCUAGACUACUGACUAAGGUGCUUCUUUCUUCCUGGGCCUAAGGGAUGAAAUCUGCUCACCCAGAACCCAGGAGAGUGGUAGAGAGAAGAGAGAACAUGGUUUUUGACCUUGUGGUGACUACCCUGAUGCCUUAAAAGUUUAUAAAUAUGGAGGCAAAACCAAGGGAACAUCUAGAUUACUAAGCAAUUUUACAAGGGUGGGUGAUUGGAGUAUCUUCUAAUUAUAGAACUGUGGUCUGGGGUCAAGGGAAGGCUAGUUUUAAUCUAGUCAAGGCUAACUCCAUUAAAAAAGUAAGUAAGAGAUUUCAUUCUGAGCCUCAGUUUUCUUAUUUGUAAAAUAAAGAAUAAUCCUGUGACCUCCUUGUAAAAAGGUGGGAAGCUAAGAGAGUAUUAAGUCCCUAGUUUUUGAAGAAAAGCAGGAAAAGAUAGUAAUAUUAUCCAUUGUCAUUAACAACUAGGUAAAAGUAGGAAUCAGUGUGGCUUGAAACUAAAUUAAAAAGAAAUAACAUUCCUUGGGAAGGCAAAGUUUUCUGGGACUUGAUCAUAUGUUUUAUAUGGUUCCACUUUAAGUUUUGUUGAAGAAUCAUAGAUUCCCAGGGUGGGGUUUCUCUUUUCAGGAGGUUUUUCCUUUGUGAGGACACCUUUCUUUCAGUUUGUGAGAUAGUUGAGUGCUAACUGUGUGCCCAGCACAGCACUAGGCCUGGAGAUAAAUAUGUAUAAGACAUGGUUUCUGCCAUCAAAGAUGGCUGGUGGAAGAGAGAGAUCAGACAUGUCUGUUAAGUGCUUUUUGUUAGUUAUUCAUAGCUGCAGUAGACUGUUGUAAAAGUCAAAGCAAGAGAGGACUGAAUCAGGACAGAGGCCGUGAGUAUGAAGUUGAAGGGAUAGAUUUGAUAAGAGAUUAGGUGUUUAGAAGUUUGAAUGUUGGAAUUUGAGGACUGCAUGGAUGUAGGAAGUACAAGAAAUAAGGAAUCUAGGAAGACUUGAGUCUAGGCAGAAUUUUUUCAUCUGAAAGUCUUAUGGGUCUCACUAAAACUGGUACUUCCCCUGGUUAUCUCCAGCCUAUAAAUCAACAAGGCACAACCUUGGAGUUAUCCUUCAUUACUCCCCUUUCAUCACCCGCUCUGUCCCACCCCUGCUGCUGCCAUCCACUCAUUAGAACAUUCUUUUGGUCAUGAUUCACAUUACAUUCCUACUCUGCUGCUUUUUGCUGCCAUCUUUUCUGUUAUCAUCCUGGUCCCAGCUACUGUCACCUACUGGACCACUAUGGUAUCACUUUCUAAUUGGUGUCCCUGCUUCUUCUGUUGCCUCAUUAAAUUACUCUUCUAUGUA